UUUUGAUUGGUGUUCAUCUCACAGUUAAACCCUCCCCACAAAUUUAAUUGGACAACGUCUGCGCAUGUCGUUUUAGUGUUCGAGAAUGUAGAUUUUCAGUACUUACGCUGUAACACUGUCCGGUAAUCAUUAACCUAAUGGAUUUAUGUUAUUUUUAUAGGUUGCCCUUAAAAAUUACGUUUUUAGGGUAUUGACUGAUGCGUUUAGUAGCACAGCCCAGGCGAGUUGUUUUGAUUGACUAAUGGAUCUAUUCUUUGUGUAACAGUUUUUACUGGUCUCAUCCUUAAUAUGAACUAAGUUAAUGUAAAUGGGUGUAAUUUAUAGAUCCAUUAAGUAGACACCAUGUGCAUCGUCUAUUUGACUGCGUUUUUAUUUAGCCUUACAUCAGAGCAAUGUUCCUCCAAAUUGAUAGAAGAUUCCAGUCAGAGCUUCAUGGAGAGGAUGCACUCAGGAAAGACGUCCUUUAUAUACUUUGGAUAUCAUGUCAACCCAACCAUCAAACUGUUCGUGGAGCAGCUUGAGAUGUCAGCUGAUGCCCUGCAGGACUACGGGAUAUCUGUUGUGAAGGUGAACUGUUCUAAAGAUGCUAUAGCAAACUACUGCACAGGAGAAAAGCUAAUGACCAGGGCAUACUUGUUCAGAGGCUCUGAGGUCCUGAGGAGUUUCGACAUCGAUACCGUAUUUGACGUCAAUGCAAUUGUUUCUCAUGUCCUUUUCUCUGUCCUCUUCAAUGAAGUCCGUUAUGUGCACACACCUGCUGAGCUGCUGCGCGUGGAGAGCACGGCCAAACAAAACAGUGACAUUGUGGUCGGUCACAUACCAGUGCUUGGCCUUCCAGAGCACCGAGCUUUGAUGGAGGCAGCGUUUGUUUAUGGAACCAAAUACCAGUUUGUCCAGACGACUGGCACUUUGGUUCUAAAACAUAUGGGGGUUGUCGAUCCCUCUUCCUCACAAGCACGGCUGUGGUUUCUGCACUGUAAAGGUGUGUCCAGGCGGUCUGAUCCGUGUCCCAGCACUCCCAUGAGGAAAACACUCAACACCAUCAACAUACACACCUUCCUGCAGCUGAUGGAAGCACCUCUAGUGACAGAGUCAGUGCUGGACCCGUCUGAAGUAGAUGUGGUUCACAUGCUCCUCGGUGUGCCCGUGCUGUAUCUGUUCUCUCAGCCACAGACCCAGCACCUGGACCGGGCCACCGCUCAAACUCUCGCCCUGCAGCUCCGCGGGGAGGUCGGAGUAGUGCUCAUUCACAGGGACAGUCCGAACGUGAAGACUGCGCUGAAAUACAAUGCUGCUUACAGACUCCCACAGGAGGAUGUGACAUAUUUUACCCUGAAUAGCGCCGAAGGGGUUGUGAAACUUUUCAAAGAAGAACUUCUGCAAGAACACAAGUUAGAAGACAGAGAGGAAGAUGAGGAACAUUGGUCAGAUCUUGAUAUUCUCGAUGAUGAGGUGUCCGAGUCUGUGUACAGAGACCGUGAUCUUAUGCUGGAUCUGGAGUCUGUUAUUGAACUCACUUCAGACACUUUUCAAACAACAGUCACACAGAAUGAUAUCACAGUGGUGCUGUUCUAUUUUAAAUGGGAUGCUGUCUGUAUGGCUUUCGUUCAGUCAUAUAUAGAGGUGGCAGAUGCACUUGAAGGUAUGAAUGGGGUAAAGUUGGCGGCAGUAAACUGUGGAGAAUGGACUGACAUUUGCAGUGACCAGAAUGUCACUUCCUUCCCCACCGUCCUGAUCUACCGGCCCAUGGCUGAUGCUCAGCUCUAUAGGGGAAUGCUGGGAACCAAGAGUCUACACGGGUUUAUACUACUGAGUCUGGUCUCCAGUCCUUACCUUCUCUCCUCCUCUGCUGAGGUGAUGUCAUUCUUGGAGGGUGAUUUGUACAGUAAACAUAUGUAUCUGACCCCUGUCAGAGUGCUGGGCCUUUUCAGUUCAACACAUGACAUGGGUGUAACUCCAUUUGAAGAAGCUGCCAGACUCCUCAGAGGAGAGACAAUUCUUGGGCUGUUUGCCCACAAAGAGGCAGAGCAAUGGGUGGAGGGACUGUCAGUAAACCUGCCUGCUCUACUGGUGUCCCGUGGCCCUGGAGUUCCUCAUGAGGUCUAUUCUCUGCCAUCAUCCUCACCAACGGACCUUGUCUCACUCAUAAAACAAGUGGAGCUGGAUCGUUUUCCUGAACUGACCGUGGAGAAUCUUCCCUGGUAUUUGGAGCUUGGGAAACCUUUGCUGCUGCUUUUUAUCGGAAAGGAGGACAGUAAAGAGAGUACGAAGGCUUUAGCAGAGAUAAAGCAACCGCUGAGCUCUGGACAGCUGGAUUCCUUCCUGCCAUGUUGGAUCCAUCUAGGUCGGACACCUGUUGGGAGGUCUAUCCUGGAAAAGUAUCUUGGCUUUGUACCUCCACUUCCUGUUUUGGUUAUGUCACGGUUAAAAACUGGAGAAGAGGUGUUCCUUUUCCCCCCAGAGCGCCCCCUAAUGGCUAAGAACAUCCUGCAGUGGAUUCACGAUGUGGAAAACGGACAAGAACAGCCAGCAGGCUUGAUCCCAGAUGGGAAAUGGGGCCCUCCUGUGCCAUUCUUUGACUUUCUGGCAAUAAUGGACCAAGAAGCACCGACUUGCGCAGCUCAGAGGGCUCCUAAAAUGAAGACGGGGGGCAGGGAAGACCACAGAGAGCAGAAGCAUGUGACCCCAAACCAAAGACAGACCCCACAUCCAUCACCAAACCCCCAAGCACCUCGCCAGCACUCUGAACUAUAAAGUCAAGUCCUCUCGUGGCACAGAAGGUUAUGUAAGCAAUUCACAUGACUGCUUGACAUCUGUUAGAUUUUGCAUUACGUGUGACAUCUUCAGUGCUAUUUGGAGAAAUGUGUGUAUAUCAGAACUUGGGUAUCACACAUUUUCCAACUUAUUUCCCACAAAUCAAAUGGACUUUUCCUAAAUGAAAUCAAGAUAGUUUACAUUUUAGUGCUGUAACUUUAUACUGUAUACACAGAAUGUGUUAUUUAAAACCUGAAAAAGAUCUACAAGAAUGUAUUCAUUUAUCCGACGCAUUUAUCUAAAUGUUUUUGACCAGACUGUAUUAUUCCAGUCUAUUAUUAUUAUUCUACAGUGCCUGUUUGGGAAUUGUUUUUAUACAAACACAGAGCUUCACAUAUGGAUGACAUUUGUAAAUGUGUAC